AUAUAUAUAUAUACCUUGGUACUCGGUCUCGUCAUCUUGUGGGGCUGACGCAUAGACAAGAGGGCUAGGAACAACCCCAUACGAUCAUCGUGAUCGGGCAUCCAGCCAGCCGUGAGAUCGUGCUGUGAUUGUGACGGAUAUGUCCAACAGUCGCAUAUCGUAUUCGUUAUACCAUGUUCGGAGGUAUUGUUAAUGGCUGACAGCGUUAGGGGUCUGUUGUCGGAGAUCUCCGCGCACAGGGAUGGACAGUGCACAAGUACGACGCCGGGUUGUCGUACAAGAUUCUGGGUAGAAGCGUUUGUCCGCUACUUCCUCUGCGUUCACGACCAGGAGGAUGACCUGGUGUUCUUUGUACACAAAUGCACACGUAACUCUCGAUACAUACCAAAGAUAGAGACAUGGGUAGAAGUACUCAGAAGAGGCUCCAAGAGGCUUCCUUUGGCAGAGCCCCAAGUUGACUGGGAAGAGACAGUCUACCUAAACCUUAUUGUGCAACAAGUAGAGUACACAGUGACAUGUGCCAUCUGCAAGCGCACCAGUCCAGACCACUUGCAGCUUCUCCGUCGGCGUUCGCAGCGAGUGUACGCAUCUCCGAGCCGUCACAGCAUGGAAAACAAGGGGGAAGCGGAAGAGAUGACCUACCCCACUAUCUUCUUCACUGUGGACAGCUACGAAGAGGUGUUUGGUGACCUCUGGCUGCGAGACGGAGAGCUUGUCUGCAUUGAACUGGUGGCACAUUAUCACAAAAGACCAGGUGUGGAGGAUAGUGGAAAAGUCCUGUUCCUGGGCUCUGUUGGGCCAGAGGCCCUGCGGCGGUCUGCCACUGGGGGGAGGUACGCCUUUGUGCGGCUACGAGGCCCCAGAGGCAAGGGCCAUGCCCAGCUGGCCUUGAGGGAUGCUCUGCAGCAGUCUGAGCAACCCUGGCGGCGCCUUUCUGAUCCCAGCCUCGUGGCCAAGGGUUGCCAACCACCUGAUCUGCGCAAGGUACGCUCCCAUAACGAGGGGGUCGACCUCUUUGGAGAGGUGGAGGCUGCUGACUUGCGUGAUGAACUGGAUGGCAGUGGAUGGAGACAGCCGUUGCAAUAUGGGGGUCCCAUUGGGAUUGCACUGACCUAUGUGGCUAUAUCGUGGCACCACAUAGUGGCUGACUUGCUGGAUACAUGCAGGAGUCCCCUGCUCACUUUCUAGUCCCUCUUUGUAUUGUCAUUCAAUAAAAUUACGUGUGGUCAUACUUAAAUAAUGUGGCUGGUUUGAAAUCCACAGCAUGAUGAUCACUCCUAGCCACGGUGCGAUGAGAAGAUCCCUCUCGGCGAUCACUGCUAAGUAGCAUUUAUGGUGGUUUGGAUCGCUUUCCUGUCAGGCGUCCCAGCCAGGAGAGACGCACAAUGCCUGCCUGUCCUCCACUCAACAGCCAAGAGAGUCCAUUGGGGUUCCAUGACACCUGGCAAUAUUGUCCAACGUAUUAAGGGCCAUUACUAGUAGUAUUUGUUUUGCUGGAACACUUCUACAGGAGCACAUUGUAGCUAUUUCUGCAUAGCUAGUAUUGUUGAUAUUACGACAGUUGCACAGUGAAAGAGAACAUUUCUUUCUUUUUGUCAAACAUGUCUUGGAACAUUGAGUGCGGAAUAUGUGCAUGGCUGAUUAAAACCAACCCAAAUUACCAAAA